AUGUCUACCAUUGACAUCGUCCUCGGCGCCCAGUGGGGUGAUGAGGGCAAGGGAAAGCUGGUUGACGUCCUCGGACAAGACGCGCAGAUUUGCGCCAGAGCUCAGGGCGGACACAAUGCCGGUCACACUGUCAUUGUCGAUGGUGUCAGCUACGACUUCCACCUCCUCCCCUCCGGUCUCCUGCACCAGAAGUGCAUAAGCCUCAUCGGCUCCGGCGCCGUCGUCCAUGUCCCGACCUUUUUCAAGGAGAUGGCUGACCUCGAGGCCAAGGGCCUCAAGAACAUCCGCGAGCGCCUCCUGGUGUCUGACCGUUGCCACAUCAUCACCGACUGCCACAUCCAAGUCGACGGGCUGGAGGAGCAGGAGCUUGGCGGCAACAGCAUUGGCACCACCAAGCGCGGCAUCGGCCCAACCUACAGCACCAUGGCUGCCCGCAACGGCAUCACCAUCAGCGAGAUGUUCGACGAGGAGAUCUUUGAGCGUAAGCUCCGUCUGCUCGCCCAUGGCUUUAAGAAGCGCUUCGGCGACCUCCUCGUCUACGACGUCGAGGAUGAGAUCAAGCGCUUCAAGCAGUACAGAGAAGACCUCCGCACCUUUGUUGUCGACGCCGUCCCCAUCAUUGCCGACGCCCAGAAGAACGGCAACAAGAUUCUCGUCGAGGGUGCCCAGGCUGUCAUGCUUGACCUGAACUUCGGAACUUACCCUUACGUCACGUCAUCAAACACUGGUCUUGGAGGUGUUUUCACCGGUCUCGGUCUCAACCCCAAGAAGAUCAGCAACAUCGUCGGUGUUGUGAAGAGCUACACUACCCGCGUCGGCGGUGGCGGCUUCCCCACGGAGCUGCUCAACGAGACGGGGGAGAAGCUCCAGAAGAUCGGCCAUGAGAUCGGCGUCUCUACCGGCCGCUCCCGCCGGUGCGGCUGGCUCGACCUGGUCGUCGUCAAGUACUCGACGGACCUGAACCACUACACGGCGCUGAACCUCACCAAGCUCGACAUCCUCGACACCUUCCCCACCCUCAAGGUCGCCGUCGCCUACAAGAACAAGCAGACGGGCGAGACCUUCGCCUCCUUCCCCGCCAACCUCAAGGCCCUCGAUGAGGCUGAGGUCGUCUACGAGGAGCUCGAGGGCUGGAACACGCCCACGACGGGCUGCAAGACGUACUACGACCUGCCCAAGCAGGCCCGCGCGUACAUUGAGUUCAUCGAGAAGUUUGUCGGCGUCAAGGUUGUCUGGAUCGGCACCGGCCCCAAGAGAGAGGACCUCAUCUUCCGGGGAUACUAA